AUGAAUGUUCUGAACAAGUCUUCGAUUGGCAAGGACAAGGCUGAGAUAGAGAUGCUUGUUGCCUUAUCUAUAAAGACGAGGCCAUUCAAUGUUGUCAGGUAUCAAUUUAUCCCAGAGAAAGAUGUUUUGGGUUCUCGACCAGUUGAUGUUCCAAUGGAUCCAAAUAAGAAAUUACUAAAGGAUGAAGGUGAAAUCCCAGAGAAAAUACCGUCAUCCGUUAGUGUUGUCAGUCAGUUCUUGGAGGCUCCUCAGGUUUCACAUUGGGAAGUUGUUACUCGGAUUAUUCGGUAUGUAAAGAGACAACCUGGUCUAGGAAUAUUGUAUAGACCAAAUGGACAUGUUAGCCUAGAAGGUUUUACUGAUGCAGAUUGGGCAGGUUCUCCUUCAGAUAGACGGUCUAUUACAGGAUAUUGCACAUUCUUCAAUGGUAAUCUUGUAACUUGGAAUAGUAAGAAACAGACAGUGGUGGCACGAUCUAGUGCUGAAGCAGAGUAUAGGGCAAUGGCUCAUACGACUACUGAGUUGACAUGGUUACAACAUUUUCUUCAGGAGAUUGGUUUCUCGGCUGCUACUCCUAUCUCAUUAUCUUGUGAUAACUAG